AGCCCAAAUCAAGUAGACCGAAAUCUCCUCCAGCUUGUUGCUCGAGUGGCGGCGAGGCGGCGGAUGACGGCGGGCGGCGCUGUGAGUAUUAGCCAAAAAGUUGGAGCUACUGGAAAUGAAGUAAUUACAGAAUUUGUUUCGCAAUUUCUUCUGAGCUCCUGUAAGAUUCGAAAGAGCUUCAGCAACCUUUUGUUUCUUUUUAUUCUCUGUGGAUGCUCAACCAAGGAAGUUUUAUAUCCAGUGUCCUUCAUUCACUUGACAAUGUCUUUGCGUAGACCUCCCCUUCCUCGACUUCUGCUGAACAAUGUGUCUUGCAUGAGAAAUGCUCAACAAAUACUGCGCAAUGUAAAUGUUUCCCUCCAUGAUGGUGGUGCACUUGUACUAACAGGCACUAAUGGCUCUGGUAAAUCGACAUUCUUGCGCAUGUUAGCUGGUUUCUCGAAACCAUCAGCUGGUGAGAUACUCUGGAAUGGUCAUGAUAUCACUGAUUCAGGUGUUUUUCAACAGUACAAACUUCAGCUCAACUGGCUCUCUCUUAAGGACGCUAUCAAAGAGAAGUUCACAGUCCUUGAUAAUGUUCAAUGGUUCGAAGUUCUUGAAGGCAAGCAAGGAAGAUCUCUGCCAGCUUUGCAGCUUAUGGGGCUUGGAAGAUUAGUAAACGAUAAAGCACGAAUGCUUUCUAUGGGUCAAAGGAAAAGGGUACAACUGGCCAGAUUGUUGGCAAUUGAUCGGCCUAUUUGGUUGCUUGAUGAACCUUCAGUAGCAUUGGAUGACGAAGGUGUGAAAUUGCUCGAGUACAUUAUUGCAGAGCACAGAAAAAAGGGUGGUAUUGUCAUUGUCGCCACCCAUCUGCCUAUUCAGAUUGAGGAUGCAAUGUUUUUAAGGUUGCCACCAAGGUUCCCAAGAAGGAUGACUUUGGUAGACAUGCUUGAUCGAGGUGGCCUGGACUGAUCUUUCAGAAAAUAUAAUCCAAGUUAAAGAGACUGUGUGAUGAAUUUAAAAGGGAGCAUGCAAUUAGAGAGAACUACAGAAGUGUGUGUUGUGCCAAAUUUUCUUGUGGUGGCAUCAGAGUUUGCACUUCAUUUCAUUCUUAAUAAAAGUGCAACACGGGAUAAAACUCUGCACUAUUAUUUUUUAUAGGAUUUAUAUACGUAAAAUGUUUAGGAUUAGGUUCAGUAAUUUUUCUUUGUUAGUUUCUCCGGUAGAAAGUAUAGAGAAUUUCUAGUACUUUUUAUUUCUAUUGUUGAUUUGUAUGACCCCACUUGUGGGAUUUUACUGAGUUGUUGUCGUUGUUUGUUGAUUUGUAUAAUAUUGGUAUGAGAUGAGCUUAAAUGAAGCGA